AUGUCAAGACGAUCAGACUCCAAACUGCCUUUGAGUGACAGGGCAAAACUGCCGUCAAAGAACACCCCAGUCACACCCACCAAAAAAAUCAACAAGAUAUCAGUAUCAGACAAAGGUUUCAGCAUAGGCGACAUUACCAAGAGGGAUACUAGCCCCGCAUCACCCAGUAGAAAUGGUAUAACCCGCUCACAUUGGAAACAAUCACAACUGCAAUCACAAAUUACUUGUAAAAUUUGUGGCAAGAGAUUAAAUGUCAAGAAUGGAAUUGUCAAUUGUCGCAAAUGUGGUGAUUUAUUUUGCAAUGAUCAUACUCAUUAUCGUGUCAAGUUGAGAAACCCCGUUGGCGAUGAAAGGAUUCCACAGUAUGAAUCUUCAAAAGAUGGGGUGUGGUGUCGAUGUUGUGAGACGUGUUUUGAACAGAGUAGAGUGACUGAAGUUAACAUACGAGAUCGGACAAAGGAGUUUAUCACCAAACGACAAGAACAAUUAGAUUUGAAUAAGUUGCAUCGAACAAAAGUACAGCGUAACUUUAUCAGGUUGGCGAAUUUGAUGGUAGAAAAGAAAAGCUCCCAACCAAAAUCCAUUUUAUCGUUAUUUCAAAAUGUUGAUGAUGAUGAAAAGAGUAUCACUGGAGCAAAUUGGGCCAUGGAUAGUAAUGUAACCAAUUGUACAAUUUGCUUUACAAAGUUCAACUUCUUAAUUAGAAAACAUCACUGCCGUCUUUGUGGAGAAAUAGUAUGUGAUGAUUCAAAUGGGGUACGACGUAAUUGUUCAAUGCAUGUUCCAUUAUCAGUUUUUGUUGAAAGACUACCCAAUUUAAAUUACUCAACCAAAUUUAAAGACGAAUUUGAUCUUCGUGACGAUGAACUACGGUUCAGAUGCUGUGUUAUUUGUAAGAAUUCAUUAUUACAUGAUUGGAAACGAGAUUAUGAUUCUAGUGAUUUCCACUAUGAAGAAAUUUUUGCCCUUUAUGAAGGGAUGCUUGUAAAGAAGCAAUAUAUUGAAAAGAUGAUGCCUGUGCAUGAAGGCGGAACAAGUACAGAAGAUGAAGCUAAAAUGGGUCACAAAUUGACUAUGAGUUUGAAAGAUUUGGAAAAUCUGAUUCUUUAUUUCAAGAAAAAGUUCUUUUACAAAGAGAAGGAAACAUUGUUAGUACGAGAAGAGUACCAACAGUAUAAUAGGAUCGUGUUGAAUAUUUAUCAAGGUAUGGGUACGUUUCUUCAUGAUAAUUUGGUGCAGUUCAAGGCGAUCAGCGAUAGAAAUAGGCCACAAGAAUUGACUCCACCAAAGGAAGAUAACGAGCCCAUGGUUCCUCGAUUGACAAAGAAGCAAAUACGCGAAUUGAGAGAACAGUUGAUGGUUUUGAAUGAACAGAAAUUUCUUGUUGAAAAUCAAAUACAGCAGUUUACUAAAGAUCGGAAAUUCGAUGAAUUGGAUUCGUUAAUUACCAAUAAGGAAGAGAUAUCGGAUACGAUAAGUCAAUUGGAGGAGGAAUUAGGCGAAUUUGGGUUCUAA